AAAAAAAAAAAAAAAAAAAAAAAAGAAAAUUCGUUCUUAUAGUGCACACUUUAUUUUUCUUUCAUUCUCUGUCUAUAUUUAAACCAUCGCCACACAAUGUCCUUCGGUACAACCUACUUUACACCUGCGCCUAUCGGGCGUGAAAUGGAUUUUGGUGCCCCGACCUCACGUCAAAGCUUUCAUCAACGGACUUGCAGUGGUGGGGCCUAUGCAGAGGAGAUGUUCAUGAUCCCCAAGCUAGGAUCAGACCCAAGAGAUUUCUACGUCGAGGAUGACAAGGACCUCGCCUCGGCUGGACCGGGCGCCAAGCAGCCUCGCGAUAGAAUGAGACUUAACAGGAUUCUGAACGCUUCUGAACAACAGCAACAGAGUGGAGCUGACCAAUACCAAGGCUACCCUUGCCAAGAUAAUUCGCCCACUCUGCAGUCUUUUCAAACAUCUGGAUCUCUGCCUGUUUCCACUUUCCCAGUGACCUCUGUUGCUUCCUUGUCGCCAAUGACCCCUGAUGGCUCGCCAGUUCCUUCUGGUAUUGCCCCAACCUUGGCUACCAUGUCGUCGUCCAUGUCCCCGAUGACUUCGUUUUCGACUAUGAGCCAACCCAAUUUGAUUUUCGAGGACGUGAUGCCCUACUCCUACAACAUCUCUCAGUACCCUGCUCAGGCAUAUUCGUUUAAGCACACUGGAAAUGCGCGGCCACUGGAGCAGUCCGUAUUCUCUACAGACGCCACACACAGCCAUUCUCCUCAGGGUCAUCAUUAUAGUAGCCAGAGCCCUGACCCGUCCGGAUCUCCCGCCGCUCUCGCUCCUUUCCCUCAACGUAGCAUGAACGCACUGGUCGAUCAUCAGUAUCCUACACCAGAUUCUCCGCCUUCAACUUUCUAUCAUGCUCAACAUCAAAUGCCUUCGCCCUACAGCGUUGGUUCUCAUAGCCCAAUUGCAAAUGGUCCAUAUACUUCUGCAUAUAUUACCCCAGAGGCUGGAGCCUCAUUCACACCAACACCACCAACAACACCACACUAUGGAUUCUCAGCCCCUACCGACAACCGCUAUCAGACAGGAGCCAUGUCUUUAUAUGGAGAUCACUUUGCAUUGCAGGCUCAGCCCCUAUCUCGUCCUAACCGGUCAGGCAAUGUCCGUACACGCAAAGCACCAUAUGAAUCUCGCACAGCAAGGACAGCAGAUGGUUUGACAGGUGUGACGCCUCCACCCAGACGGUUCCAAUGCCCUGAGUGUGAGAAGGCUUUCCCCACAAAAGGUGAACUUGCGUCUCACUCUCGUUGCCAUCUUAAAGUCCCAGCAUUCUUGUGCAGUAUUUGCGGACGUCCCUUUAAGAGACGUACAGACUAUGUUCGUCACGUUCGUAACGUUCAUGAGGAAGUUGGACGCUAUGGCUGCAAUCAAUGUGGAGAACGGUUUGGAAGGCUAGACAAACUGAAGCGUCAUGACAAACGUGGAUGUGGUGCUGAUAAGGAGGAGGAGGAUGAACAGCAAUAAUACUUGAAUUUUUUAUUUUUUCUGAUAUAUUUGCAUUUUUUUUUCUUUUAAUCCUCUCUCUCUCCUCACCUCUGUCAUAGGAAUAUGGGGCAAUAAACAAUAUUUUAGAUUAGUCAAACAUUA